CACUGCUGUUAUCAGCCGAAUUUAAUCAACAUUUCUCAUUGUUUGUGUUUUAUUUUGGUGCCUCCUCUCUCCCGCCACUCCUCUUCUUUGAAUCGGCUCAUUGUCAUGGCGACAGAGAGGUUCUCCAUCCCAGUCCGCAUUUAAGGGACUGUCAGCAACGAGCUAUGACUGUGCGAGGAAUUGAAGCCAUCACGUUGAACGGAUCGGUGGGCAAGGAAAGUGUGAAUUUGAGCGACGAGCGGGGCAUUCCCGAAGCCGGAGCAAUGAACUCAGUGGAACGUUACCGACAGGAGUGGGCCCAACUGCUUAGUACUCUCGAUGGCGAGCCAGAAACCCUGCGUCGAGCUGCAUUCGCCGGCGACCUCAAGAUGUCAAAGUUCCGGAGCAUCCACUGGGCAUUGCUACUCAGAGUUCUCACCUCAGAGCAUCGAAGUUGGAUCAGUCAACGCCUUCAGCAACGAGUGCGUUACGACAAGUUUCGAACCGACUACGUACGCAACCCACAUCAAAUAGCCCUGGACUGCAACGACGAUCCUCUGUCCCAGGAGACGCAGAGCGUUUGGAACCAGUAUUUCAGCGAUCAGGAGCUCUUCGCAGUCAUACGACAGGACGUGGUUCGCACGUUUCCGGGCGUUGAUUUCUUUCGCAAGCCCCUGGUGCAGAACGCGAUGGUCAACAUCCUGUUCUAUUACGCUCGGGAGCAUCCAUACAUGUGCUAUCGCCAGGGUAUGCACGAGAUCCUGGCACCAAUCAUCUUUGUAGUGUACAGCGACCACCAGUCCCUGUUGCACUUUAGUGAGCUUGCCAAGACAGACAUAAAUCCCACGCUGCUAGACGUCCUGGAUCCAGCUUACCUCGAGGCGGAUACUUACUCUCUAUUCUCUCGGUUGAUGGCAUCUGUAGAGUCGUACUAUCGCGUCUCAAAUCUUGUCUCGACGCCCGGCGGCCACAUAGAACAGCGCAUUGAGUCCCCCGGGGAAAACGAGCAGCAAACAAAAGCGGAGGUUAUCAGCCAGUUGAACUUUAUACGCGACAAGAUACUUGCCAAGCAGGACCAGCAUUUGCACCAUUAUCUCCAGAAGAUGGAAAUUCCGCUUCAUAUAUUCGGCAUACGCUGGUUACGCCUUCUUUUUGGUCGGGAGUUCAUGCUGCUGGACCUGCUCUUGCUUUGGGACGCAAUAUUUGCCGAUAGCGACCGCUUCGAUCUGCCCAACUACAUUCUGGUGGCUAUGCUGGUGCACAUCCGUGAUAAGCUGCUCCUUAGCGACUACACCACAUCUCUGACAUAUCUUAUGCGCUAUCCGGGUAAUGUGGACGUCCAUUUGGUGCUGCGCCACGCACUUUUUAUGCUGAACCCCAAGGAUUUUGAUUAUCCGGCCAACGCUUUCACUUGUGUGUCCUUCACAAACAACUCGGCGGGUAAAGAAGCAAUUGUGCCAGCUGCCCGACCCCGUACCGUUUCGGAAACCUCAUCAGUGGCAACCACCGGUAGUCAGAUAGAUCGGCAGAUUACCUAUAUGCAGGAACGCAAUGCGGCAGACUCCUCGGCGCUAGCCAAACUACAAGACUCUCAUCGGGUAGCCAUGGACGGGUACCUCGAAAAUAGCCCUGAACUCCUUCGUCUGGAGUUGAAGAACGCCCAAACGGUGAUAAAAAUAGCACGGAGCAAACUGCAAACGUACUUGGGAACAGUACGCCACCACGUGGCCAAGCAGGCCAAUACCAACGAGGAGCUUGGCCGAACGCUGGACAAUAUUGAAGAGCUGUGCAGCUUUCUGGAUGUGAAGUGUAUGUUUCCGCUCCAUACCAGAUCCGCUCCCAUUGAUCAGGCUCUAGAGGCCAACGAGCAGAAGCAAAUCAACAACUCCAGCCGGCCAAAGAAGGUUUCGCCUGGGGCUUCUCCCACGGUUACAGGGCCACCACCUUCAAUCAGCAGUGGUGGCUAUGAGCUGCCCGAGAAUGCCUUUAUGCACAGUUCCAUGCGACGACUUCUGGGAGAGCUGCGGGAAAUCGAGCUAUCAACCAUCACCAGCGACGAGAAGCCGGGCACCGAUUCAGCUUCAACCCUAAACGGUCUUCCGGCAGCGGAGCCCCAGCAGCGUCACCCGAACUCACUAAGCUGAGCUGAUACUUCUGAAUCCUCUCCAAUCGACUGACCAUGAAUUUAGACUUAAAACAAAAAAAAACAACCACCAAGUGGUGAAUCAAAAUAAUUGAAAGACAUACAGUUUAAUUAUAUUUGGACUUCGCAAAAGUCAGUAAACUAAAUAGGUUGAUCCAAUAUUUUGAGUGCUUAUAACAA